AUGUUCAAUGGAACAUGGAAAGAACUGAAAGAGGUGAAGAUUGUCGAUGUGUCAGCCGAUGCUUUCAAGGAGUUUCUUCAGUUCUUUUAUCUCGACCGUGUCAAAUUGACCAAGGAAAAUGUCGGCCAAGUGAUGAACUUCGGUCAAAUGUAUGAUAUGUCCGAGUGUGUAGCAGUUUGUAGCAAGUUCUUGAAGAAUAAUCUCAACUAUGACAACGUCUGCUCGAGCUAUGAAUUGGCGAUUCUUUUCGAUCAAGAAGAUUUGAAACGGUCUUGUGAAACAAUCAUUGGCUUCAACACAAGUACUGUGCUAAAGUCGCCUGCUUUUUUUGCCUGUAACGAAAAGGCGAUGGCUCAGAUUUUGAAAUUGAAUUGGUUGCAAUGCACAGAGAACGAACUCUUCGAGGCAUGUUUGUCUUGGUUAAAGAUAGCUUGCAAACAAGAUGUUUUAACCAAGGAAAUCGUUGAAGCCAAACUCGGUGAGUCGUUCUACGAAAUUCGAUUUGGAUUAAUACUAUUGAAGGAUAUUCAUGAAAUGAUUUCGAACUAUUUCUCGCACAGUGAAUAUACUGAAAUUUUCCAAAUGAUUUCAUACAAUGGGCUGUCACCGGAUCAAUUAAGCGGAAAUCGAGCGAAGCGAUUGAAGCCAAUGAAACGUGACUCGUUUCCAUGGAAUGACAACAAUGAUUUGCCGAUAUGUGAAGACGAAACAAAUUUUUUCCCUACUUCGGAUGAUUGUGUUAAUGGAAUUUGUACAGCUCCGGGUGAAUGCACUUGCAAUGAUGGCUUUGAACGAAAAAACAGCAGUUCAUAUGUAUGUCAUGAAAAGUGUAAAAAUGGUUAUGUUCACGAUCCUGAAACCAGCGAAUGUGUUCCUUAUUGUGAUGGUGGCUGUGUGAAUGGCCGAUGCGUUGAACCAAACAAGUGCGAGUGCAAUCAAGGAUACAACGUCACAGAUUGCAAAAAGCCAAAUGAGUCCCAAUGUGAUGUGUAUUGCGCAGAAGUCAACGGAACAUGCGAGUGUUUACACAAAGAUCAACGUAUCGAUGGAGUUCGAAUUCAUAACAACACUCUAUCCCUCUGCAAUGCAACCACUUCAGUAAAUGAAACCCUCUCGCACACCUGUGGUUGCCUGAAUGGAUUUUACACAACAAAUGGAACAUGCAUCUGUGCGAAUGGUUAUAAAAUGCUCGAGGGAUUUGCUGAUCUAUGUGAACCAGACUGCGGAGAACAAUGUACCAGCGGUAUUUGCAUCGAACCAAAUACAUGUCUGUGUGAUAGUGCAUGCAUCGCCAGCGCACUUACGGCCGAACAACAGAAGGCUGGAAUUAAUUGGGUGAUCCCAGGAAUCCUGUUGACUUUAGUGGUUUUGGCAACUUUCCUUGGCGGCGGCUCUUUCAUUCGUAAACGGAAAAUGAAUUCAUCCAAAGCACCACCCAGACAAAAUGAUGCCAUCCCCGAUCGAUUCAAUAUUGAAAUAAAUCGAUUGGAGAAUGGAAUAACCAAAAUAUUUGAUGAGUGUUGCGAUGGGUAUUACCAAGAAUUUACUACUAAUUCCACUUUCCUGGUGUGCAAGCCGAUAUGUAGAGAUGAAACAAACUCUUCCCCUACGUCGGAUGAUUGUGUUAAUGGAAUUUGUACAGCUCCGGAUGAGUGCACUUGCAAUGAUGGCUUUGAACGAAAAAACAGCAGUUCAUUUGUAUGUCAUGAAAAGUGUAAAAAUGGUUAUGUUCACGAUCCUGAAGCCAGCGAAUGCGUUCCUUAUUGUGAUGGUGGCUGUGUGAAUGGGCGAUGCGUUGAACCAAACAAGUGCGAGUGCAAUCAAGGAUACACCGUUUCAGAUCGUAAUAAGGCAAAUGAGUGUCAUUGCGAAAUGUAUUGCGCAGAAGUCGAUGGAUUAUGCCGUUGUUUAAAGGAAGACGAACGUAUCAAUGGACUUCUGAUUCAUAACGAUACUUCAUCUCUUUGUAUUGAAACCACUUCAACGAAUGGAACUAUUUCGCAAAGCUGUAGCUGUCUCAAUGGAUUCUAUACCUCGAAUAAAACGUGUAUCUGUGUAAAUGGUUAUAAAAUGCGCGAGGGAUUUGCUGAUCUAUGUGAACCAGACUGCGAAGAACAAUGUAUCGAUGGUUUUUGCAACGAACCAAAUCAAUGCCAGUGUGAAAAUGGAUAUGAAUUGGGACACAAUGAAAAUGAAACGAAUAUUUGUUAUCCAAUUUGCCAAUUUGAUAUCGAUGAAACUCAAGGCUGUGGAAAUGGAACGUGCAUUGAUCCAAAUACUUGUGAAUGUUAUGAAGGAUUUGAAAAUUAUUCGAAUAAUAUCUCCGUCUGCGUCGCAAAGCGAUUCAAUGUAACCAUAACUCAAUCUUCCGAUGGACAUUCGUACAUUCUGUCUCUUCCGUUCUUUUCAUUCUUCGUCGGCCUUUUCCUAGGAAUAAUCGCCGCUCUAAUUUUUGUAGGAACACUCCAUUUUGUCACGCUGUGUGUAAUCAAAGAACGAAUGGACCAUAUCAACAUAAUGCUUGAAACGAAAAAAGAAGUAGAUUUGGCCCUUGUUGUUUUAUUUCAUAUAAUCAUAAAAAUGCGCGCCAACGCAUUGUUUGCUCUGUGCUUUUUUAUAUGUGGCUACUGCGCUAUACAAACGAUCGCCAUCGAAACUACCACCGAUUUACCGAUGAUCAUCAGUGAAACAGAAACCGAACGGAAUGCCAGUGGCUAUUGUACAUUUGAAAUAAAAAAAAGACAAAUAGUCGUUGUUCCGGUGAAUUACACUGAGAUUGAAAAAUAUUAUGGCCGAUGUCAUGGGCACUACCAUAAGAAAUGCUUGAAUGAAAGGCUGGUUGAGAAAACGCGCCAUGAACAUCAGAACCGUGAAUUUAACGAUACCGUUGUGCGUUGUUGCGAUGGAUACGGUUCAAAUCUGGAUAAAAACAAAUGUUUGCCAAUUUGCGAGCACAGUUGCGUUUAUGGAAGCUGUAUAGCGCCAAAUGAGUGUAGCUGUUAUGAUGGUUAUGAAACAACGAGCAAGUCGAAUGUCUGUCAACCGAAAUGCAACGGUUGCACGCAUGGUAGUUGCAUCGCCCCGUAUGUGUGUGCCUGUAAUUCUGACUACAAUUGGGACUCAGAAAAGAUGGAAUGUGUUCCAGUUUGUGCUGGAAUGUGUGAUAAUGGCAAGUGUAUAGCUCCGGAGCACCAUCCCACGUACAUUGUUUGCAUUCCGCAUUGCAAUGAAACCUGUGUGAUUUUAGCAGCUAUCGGAAAUAUUUCAAUAGAUUUUGAUUUCGGUUUUUUCAGAUUGCUUGAAACGAAAAAAGAAGUUGAUUUGGCUUUUGUUGUUUUAUUCCAUAUGGUCAUAAAAAUGAGUGCCAACGCACUGUUUGCUCUGUGCUUUUUUAUAUGUGGCUACUGCGCUAUACAAACGAUCGCCAUCGAAACUACCACCGAUUUACCGAUGAUCAUCAGUGAAACAGAAAUCGAACGGAAUGCCAGUGGCUAUUGUACAUUUGAAAUAAAAAAAAGACAAAUAGUCGUUGUUCCGGUGAAGUACUCUGAAACUGAAACAUACUUUGGCCGAUGCCGUGGGUACUAUUUUAAGAAGUGCUUAAAUGAAAGGCUGGUUGAGAAGACGCGCUAUGAAAAUAAAAUCCGUGAAGUUAACGACACCGUUGUUCGAUGCUGUGAAGGAUACACUUCAAAUCCGGAUAAUAACAAAUGCCUGCCAAUUUGCGAGCACAGCUGCGUUUACGGAAGUUGUACAGAGCCGAAUGUAUGUAGCUGUUAUGAUGGUUAUGAAUCAACAAACAAAUCGAAUGUUUGUCAACCGAAAUGCAUCGGCUGCACGCAUGGUAUUUGCAUCGCCCCAAAUGUGUGUGCCUGUAAUUCUGGCUACAAUUGGGACUCCGAAAAGACGGAAUGUAUUCCAGUUUGUGCUGGAAUGUGUCACAACGGCACGUGUAUCGCUCCGGAACAAUGUGAAUGUAACGCAGGCUAUGCUCACCAUCCCACGCACAGUAUUUGCAUUCCGCAUUGCAAUGAAACCUGUAUAAAAGGACAAUGCGUUGAACCGAAUAAGUGUGAGUGUGACUUUGAACAUCAAUUUACCAAUGGAUCACAGAGUAUUUGUGAGCCAAUCUGCGAAAUGUCGUGUAAAAAUGCAAAAUGUGUUAGUCCAAAUGUUUGCGAAUGCCACAAUGGAUACAGUAUACUGGAUGACACUAAGCCACAUGAAUGCCAUUGUGGAGAGUAUUGUGUGGAAAUCGAAGGAAUGUGCCAUUGCUUGGACGAUGAGCAUCGCAUCAAUGGCGAUGUAAUUCGCAACAACAUGUCAUCGAUUUGUACCGAGAAUACUUGCGCAAACGGUGUUUGCAUGACACUUUACGACUGUGAAUGCUAUGAUGGCUUUGAGAAAGAUGAAAAUUUCAAUUGUGUCGCUGUGAAUGAAACGUGUAUCGAUGAACCGUCUGUCUGUAAUGUAACGGAGAUAAAAACUUGCAACUGCAUCAAUGGAAUAUGUACUGCAAACUUCACUUGCGUCUGUGUAAACGGAUUCAAAAUGAGCGAAGGGCAUAGUGAUUUGUGUGAACCAAGCUGCACCAAAGAGUGUGCUAAUGGCUAUUGCAUCAAUCCCGAUGAAUGCGAAUGUAAUAUUGGCUAUCGAUUGGGUUACAAUGAAAGCGAAACGCACAUUUGCCAUCCAAUCUGCGAUCCAGAGGCUGAAGACAAUAAUGGCUGUAUCAACGGUACUUGUGUCGCACCAGAUACAUGCCAAUGCUAUGAAGAUUUCAAACUCAGCGCUGAAACCAACUUCACUUGCGUUUUCGAUCCUGUCUAUGCCAAAGAACAUACGGCCAAAAUUCAUUGGCUUAUACCCGCCAUAUCUCUGACACUUAUUCUUGUAGCAGCAACUCUUGCCAUCGCUUUCUUCAAUAAUAAACAAAAAUUGCGAAACUACAGAAUGCCUACGAGAGAUGAUGAAGCCAGUGAACCGAUCGCUGAUUACUCGAAUGAUGACUUGUGAUAGAUUCGUUAGAAACGUCAAGCGUGAGGUGUUUGGACAACGAUCGACACAAUCACUUUGGCUAUAGUGAAUAUUUACAAAUUGAACACAAAUCAGGAAUGUCAAUGUACAAUAAUUUUAUUUACUCCAAAUAAUAUCAACAAUAUUUGAAUAGUUGAUGAUUAAUUUGUUCAUCGAAGAAUUUCUCGUAGAAAAUAAGAUAAAGAGUAUUUGUUAAAGUGGAAUGGAUGUAUGAUCGUAGAUUUUAGACUUCCUCCUGAUAAUAAGCAACACAAAUAAAAAUCAUUUGAUAUCGAA